AUGGCUUUGCAAUAUGGUUCUUCAAGCUCAACAUUAACAGCUAUAGAAAGAUUCUUAAUGCAAGGAAGGAAUAGUAGUGCCAAUACUUUAUUGCCCUCGAAUCGAUAUUAUAUUGGUUCUCCUAAUUCAUUUAUUCAAUCGUCUUCAUCUUUUGAUUACGAGUUUUGGAAAAUGUAUGAUAAUCAUAAUCAUGAAACUUGUGGCACAGAGAUAAUGCCUCGUGAUGAAGUUGGGAAAUUGGGAAAGAAAAGUUCAAGAGCAUUAUUGGAAAAGAAAUCAUCAAAACGUCAUCGUUUUACCGAUCUUAUCAAAGGUCAGUGGACUAAAGAAGAAGACAGAAAACUUUUGAAAUUGGUGAGACAAUAUGGUGAAAAAGAAUGGACCCUAAUAGGGGAAAAGAUGAUGAUUAGGGCUGGAAAACAAUGCAGAGAGAGGUGGAAUAAUCAUCUCCGACCUAAUAUUAAGAAAGAUGUUUGGAGCGAAGAAGAAGAGAAAAUAAUUGUUGAAGCUCAUAAAGAGAUUGGCAAUCGAUGGGCAGAAAUAGCAAAACGAAUCCCAGGAAGAACUGAUAAUUCAAUAAAGAAUCACUGGAAUGCCACCAAGAGGAAGCAAAACUCGAAGAAGAAAAAUAAGAAAUCUAAACUUGAUCAAAAUAGAAAGGUGAGAUCCACUGUUCUUCAAGAGUAUAUGAAGAGUAACAAUUUCAACGAUGCUUCCAUUUUUGGUCCACAAACUAACGUUAAGAUUGCUACUCCAUCCAACUCCUCAAUCACUGAAGACAUGUCAACUCAAAAUUUCAACUUUUCGAAUGGUGAACUACUUGAGUCAUCUAUCGACGAUAACUCACAUGAGUUAACAAUCUCGCAAGCUUCUCAUGAUGAAGAGCUCAACUUCAUGAUCAACUUUUUUGGCACAAAAAAUGAGAACCCUACUCAGACAUACAACAGUAACACUACUAAUUGUGCUUGGUUCAAAAAAGAUUGUUUCAAGUCUCAUACUUAUAAUGAAGAUUGUGAAACUACCAAAUAUUUGCCAUCGGAUCAGUACAUCUCUUACCUUUUGGAUGGGCCACCAUCAGUUAUUUCCUCUCCGAGUCACCUUUCUUUUGAUCAAAACAUCACAAACAACAACAUAUAUCAUGACAUGGGAAGACGUGACAUGGAUUUGAUCGAGAUGAUUGCAUCUACACGAUUCUCUUUUGGUGGUGACGCGUCUAGCUAGUAUGUGUUCCUCAAAGUAGGAUAUCUUGUCCUAUUUUCUCUACAUUUUAAUCUAUUUAUCACAUUUUCAAAAGUUUUCUACUAUAUAUGGAAAGACUUUAUUUAGGCAAAGAUAGAAUUUGGGUCCAUUCUUAUUUUAAAAAUU